AUGGAGGUAGAUAAACCAAUAAAUACCGACUGCAUUGAGGAUGAUACCGAUUGUACUGAUAGUGGCUUAGGUAUCUCUGUUGAUAUUACAUCAAAUGAUAAUACUUUACACGAAUUACCGGCGUUGUUCAGCAGUAAAACAUUGCUGGAACUUUGCUGUUCAUCCUGGUCGCAAUCCGCAAAUGCUAAGGUUGAUGUUCAACCGUAUUUGCGUGGUUGUAAGUGGUCUCCAGAUGGGACGUGUUGCAUGUCAGUAGUUAAUAAUGACGGGGUACAUAUUACUGAGCUUCCACGCGAUCUCUACUCUGGUUCAGUUGAUUCUAGCCGUACUAUUGAUGUUCUAGACUCGGUUAUUCAUGUUAAGGAAUCUGGACUGAUUUACGACUUUUGUUGGUACCCAGGAAUGAACAGUAGCAUUCCUGAAACAUGUUGUUGGCUAACAACCAGGCAAAACGCUCCUGUACAAAUGUGGGAUGCAUUUGAUGGGUCAUUAAGAUGUUCUUACAGAGGAUUUAAUGCAGUGGAUGAAAUGGAGCCAGCCUUAUCAGUAACUUUUAAUAUUGAAGGAACUAGAAUCAUAGCUGGAUACAAAAAGGUGUUAAGAACAUUUGAUGUAGAUAGGCCAGGUAGAGAUUUUGCUGAACAUAAAAUUAAUUCCCCUGCAUCAUGUUUUGCUAUGAAUAGUAAUCUCCUUGCUGUUGGUUCCUGGAAUACAACUAUAAGUCUUUUCAAUGUAAAUGAGUUGGGAAAUUACAAGAGUAUAGGGAAAAUGCAUGGUCACUCAGGUGGUGUCACUCACAUGAAAUUUACCCCUGAUGGAAUAAGAUUGGUGUCGGGAGCGCGAAAAGAUCAUAGACUGCUUAUUUGGGAUAUAAGAUAUUAUCGCAGGCCCCUUAACAUUUUAAGUAGAGCUGUUGACACUAACCAACGGAUAUACUUUGAUAUAUCUCCUUGUGGCAAAUAUCUGGUCUCUGGUGGCACCGAUGGUAUGCUAAAAGUGUGGGAUGCUAAUAAAGUAAAUUGGCAUUCUAGUUUAGAUGUCACAGAUGUAGAUAAAGACAAUGUAACAUACAAAUUCCCGCUCCACAAAGAUUGCUGUAACAGCGUGUCAAUACAUCCAUGUAGACCAAUUUUGGCAACUGGAUCUGGCCAGUAUCACUUGAAGGACCCAGUUUCAACUGUUAGUGAUGAAAAUGAAACACAAAUAGAUGCUGACGAAGAAAACUAUCGACAAGAUCUAGUCACUGGAGGUGCUGUGAUGAACAAUUUAGAUAUGAAAUAUUCGAGCGAAGCCGAGAACAGUUUAGUAUUCUGGUGGAUUGGAGAAGUGGGAGAUUUGACAUAA